AUGUCGCGAUAUGGACCAGAAGAUCCUUCAGUAUUGCAUUAUCAGCACAGUCAUAUAUCUCGCAAGGCGUGGGCAGGCGAGGAAACAACUCCUUUCAAUAUUCGGCGCUUUGAGGGCCAUUUUUGGGAAAUAGAUAAUCAUCACAGACGAGUGAUUGAUUAUGUAUGCAGAUUUGGUUUCGGUAGUGUUUUUUACUGCGGGAAGGCUCUAGAUGUAGAUCAUUCUUUGAUCACAGCUUUGGUCGAACGUUGGAGGCCAGAGACACAUACAUUCCAUCUUCCUGUAGGGGAAACUACUAUUACAUUGCAGGACGUGCAAAUAUUAUGGGCUCUACGUGUAGAUGGAGUACCCUUUACAGGAAGUGGUUAUUGUGACUCUGGGUGGAGGAGUUUAUGUGAAGAACUGUUGGGCUUUUAUCCCGUUCAAAGCGAGAUGAAGGAAAACGGUAUCUUGGCCUCGGCUCUAAUACAUAGGAUGAUGAUUGAACCGUUACAAGAUGGCCUGGAAGACGAAGCCUACAUUCAACGGGCACGUAUGAUUGUGCUUGUGCUAUUGGGAGGGUUGAUAUUACCCGACGGCUCAGGGUGUAAGAUACCUCUCAUGUGGUUGACCCAACUUCGAGAUGUAGAGGCUGCCUCUCUGAUUAGUUGGGCGAGUGCUGCACUUGCUACAUUAUACCAUAAUCUUUGUGAGGCGUCCAUGGGCAAAAGGACAGACAUUGGAGGUCCGACAGUGCUCCUACAGCUGUGGGUGUGGGAAAGAAUGCCCACUUUGAGACCGGAUUUUGUGAUGACACGUAUACAUACAAACAACACUCCAUGUGCAUUAAUGUGGACUGGCUCAUAUAUGAUAAACAGAGCCCCCAAACAUUCUGUUCGACAUUAUAGUGAACAGUUAUCAAUACUCCAAAAUAGCCAGUUUAUUUGGAUGCCCUAUGUGGACCGUCAAUUGCCAGACUCCUGCCUCGAGAUGAACAACAGUUGGAGAUCUGUGACGUACAUGGUUUGUUGGGCUAUUGUCGAAGCACAUGAGCCUGAGCGUGUUGUUAGACAAUUUUUUUUCUAA